AUUUCAUUUCGGUCUAGUACUAGUACCACUGCGUUGCGUUGCGUCCCGACAACCAAAAGGGAGCAGCUAGAGGAGGAGGAGGAGGAGGAGAGGAGAGGAAAGGGGGAAGAAGAGCGAGAGGGAACUCUGCCGGGAUCUCUGUCCGUGGUGGUGGAGGAUCAGGAGGAGGUACAAACCCAAAGAUCCGCUGCUUCUGCGAUUUCAUGCGCAGCUGCCUCUGCAUCUGCUAGCUUCCGCAAGAGAUGGCUUCGGUAGGCGUAGCUCCGUCGGGGAACAAGAGCAGCAGCGGCACCAGCAUGGGUGCUGACAAGCUACCUGAUCAGAUGAACGAGCUCAAGAUAAGAGAUGAUAAGGAAGUGGAAGCCACUAUUAUUAACGGCAAGGGAACAGAGACCGGUCACAUAAUUGUCACAACUACCGGUGGCAAAAAUGGUCAACCAAAACAGACCGUGAGCUACAUGGCUGAACGUAUUGUUGGUCAAGGUUCAUUUGGGAUUGUCUUCCAGGCCAAAUGUUUGGAGACAGGUGAAACUGUUGCUAUAAAGAAGGUUCUUCAGGAUAAGCGCUACAAGAACCGUGAGCUGCAGACCAUGCGCCUUCUUGACCACCCAAAUGUUGUAGCGCUCAAGCAUUGCUUCUUUUCUACAACUGAGAAGGAUGAACUGUAUCUAAACUUGGUUCUGGAGUAUGUGCCUGAGACUGUUCAUCGUGUUGUCAAGCAUUACAACAAGAUGAACCAGCGGAUGCCACUUAUCUACGUGAAGCUGUAUACAUACCAGAUAUGUAGGGCACUGGCUUACAUUCAUGGCAGCAUUGGAGUUUGCCACAGAGAUAUCAAGCCACAAAAUCUUCUGGUAAACCCACAUACACACCAGCUUAAGCUGUGUGACUUUGGGAGUGCGAAAGUUCUGGUCAAGGGAGAACCAAACAUAUCAUACAUUUGUUCCCGAUACUAUAGGGCUCCAGAGCUUAUAUUUGGUGCUACUGAGUACACUACAGCCAUUGACAUUUGGUCUGCUGGGUGUGUUCUUGCUGAGCUUAUGUUGGGGCAGCCUUUAUUUCCCGGUGAAAGUGGUGUGGACCAACUAGUGGAAAUCAUCAAGGUCCUUGGUACCCCUACAAGGGAAGAGAUUAAGUGCAUGAACCCAAAUUAUACAGAGUUCAAAUUCCCACAGAUUAAGGCACACCCAUGGCACAAGGUGUUCCAUAAAAGGAUGCCACCCGAAGCUGUUGAUCUUGUCUCUCGUCUCCUCCAAUACUCACCUAACCUAAGAUGCACAGCUGUGGAGGCACUUGUUCACCCCUUCUUUGAUGAGCUUCGGGACGCUAAUACACGCCUUCCAAAUGGCCGAUUUCUGCCUCCUCUUUUUAACUUCAAGCCCAACGAACUGAAAGGAAUCCCAGUCGAUAUUGUGGCAAAAUUGAUCCCAGAGCAUGCAAGAAAGCAGUGCUCCCAUGCAGGAUUGUGAGAGCUUGCUCCAUGACUAGUCGGAAUUCCAUUGACAAGUGCGCAUUUCCCCUGGGCAGCGAGCGUGAUGAACUGAUGGUUGUUGAAGAUGUGAUGUUCUGUUCUUGUAUGAUCACUCCACCGUUGACUUGUGUAGCUGAGUAGUAUGCUGCGAUGCAAACUUGACAAUGUAAUCCCGUUCACCCUCUCUCUCCCUACUAACCCUCGCCUGAGAAUUAAGAUUGCCACCAUAGCUGAUCUGUAAUAUGUUCUAGAGCAGUAUGAAUGUAUUUAUGGUAGUUGAUCCAUAUGUGGACCCUCUUUGAUUUUCCUAGUUCCUUUUUUCUUGAUCGUCAGACUCUGCUACCUGGAUCUUCUUCUAUUUAGAUUGUUAUAAGUUACCUGUUGCUACAAUAGUACUGUGUACUUGUUUGUCAUGUGAGUCGUUCUUUGCAAUGUGAGACGAUUUGCUUUUCA